UUUUUUGCUCGGGAGUGCAUAUUUCGUAGGACUAUUUCAAUUUUAUAAUUUUGCGCGAAGGCAGUUUGUUUCUGGUGUCGAACAUUUGAAACAUUUUGGGGAAAAUCUGUGUUGACAAUUAUAUUAAUCGUAAAUCAAGAGUGGUACUCGCAUUUGAACGAAGGAAAAUGCACCGUUGCUUUUUACGCUUACGCUGAUAAAGUGGAUCCAGGUCCAACUUACUUUUCUGGAUCAUAGUUUUAAUUGUACUUCUACGGUAACGAUCAUUUCGGCCCCGAUUGAUAUGCAACACUGUUACCGAGACCGACCCAAUCCCAAGUAGCAUUUUUCAGCUGAAAAAUCGCGAUAUUUUGAAAAUUAAGUCGCGAUUUUUUUACAAUUUUUUGGCGAUAAAAUCACUGGGAUUCCAACUAGUCCAAAUGAUGAACAAAUCAUACUAACGAAAAUGAUUUGAUUUCCUCCAAACGAUUCAUAAUUCCGAACUGUCAAACUCCAAUUCAUUAAAAAUUACGGAGUAUGUGCGCUCCAAAUUUGUGUUAAAGGACACACGAAGUAAAGACGUGCCUUUCUCAGAGUUACAGUUAAAUCUUUCUAAUGAUGCAUUAUUUUAGUUUGAACUUUAUAGAGUAAAUCUCCCUCCACCUUACAACAAUACUAUUUAAUGGACAUUUUAAACUUAAAAUAAGGAAAUUUCCGGUGAAAAAAUGAUUGAAGUAAAAGACGGCGUUGCAAUUAUAGUAUCAUUAAUUGCAAUUCUGGCCGGUCUGAUUGCUUUCACUUUGAAACGACGCUAUGAAUUUUGGCAAAGGCGAAACAUUCCAUGCUAUCCUCGAGACAGAAUGUUCAUGACCGGCCAUCACAAAGGAGUCGUAUAUCAGCAGAUGUACAGCGAGCUCUCUCCCCAUCCAUUUGGAGGAUUUUAUUCUUAUUCGUCGCCAGGAUUUCUAGUCCGAGACCCAAACCUGAUCCAGAGGAUUUUGAUCAAGGAUUUCGCGUUCUUCCGAAAUCGCGGCAUAAUUUACGACGAGAAAUUGGAUCCUCUCUUGGCAAACUUGUUCCAUCUUGAUGGGGAUGCAUGGCGGAAUAUACGCCUAAAAACAGUAGCAGCUUUUAGUAGUGGUAAAAUAAAGAGGAUGUUCGCCUUGCUGGAAAGCUGUGCCAGCAACCUUAGCACCACCAUAGAUUCCCGUGCGUCUGCUAAUGAGCAUGUAGAAAUUAAGGAACUUUUCUCAAAAUUUGCAUUGGACGUCAUUGGCUCUUGUGCGUUUGGGCUCGAUUGUGGAGCCUUGAAGGACAAAAAUUCCGAGUUCUACAGGAUUACCAGAGUUCUUUUCAUGCCGUCCAAUAGAUUCAGGGUUCUCAAACUGCUAAAUUCCAUCGAUAUGCGGUUAAACCGCUACCUCGUCGGCAUUAAAACAGUCGCACAGGAGUGUCAAGAUUUCUUCACGGAGGUGAUUCACAGCACGAUUGAUGAUCGAGUCUCAGGUGCCGCGAAGAGGACAGAUUUCCUGCAGCAUUUCAUUAAUCUACGCCAAGAGGAGGGGGGCGACACGGGGGACAAAAAUGCGCAAGCAGCAGGAAUCACUCUAACCAAUGACGAGAUUGCUGCUAAUUCAUUCGUUUUUUUCGCUGCUGGUUUUGAGACGAUUUCAUUGACGCUAACCUACUGCCUGCUGGAGCUGUCCUUAAAUCCAGAGAUCCUGGAUAAAGUAAGAAAGGAGAUGGAGGGUGUUGAGCGAUCACAUGGUGGAUUUACUUACGAGGCUAUCAGGCAGUUGAGCUAUACAGAUAUGGUAAUAUCAGAAACUCUUAGAAAAUAUCCUGUUCUGCCGGUUGUGGAGCGAUUGUGCGUGGAGUCAUACACGAUACCCGAUACUUGCACGACAAUUCCCCCGGGGAUGAAAAUAAUUAUUCCUACGUUGGGACUCCAUCACGAUUCGAAUUAUUUCCCUAAUCCUGAGGUAUUUGAUCCAGAACGUUUCAGCGAUGAAAGAAGGUCUACCAUACAACCGGGAAGCUAUUUACCUUUCGGCGACGGUCCACGAAUUUGCAUUGGAAUGCGAUUUGCGCAAACAGAGAUAAAAUUGGCUUUAGUGCAGAUAAUCUAUCAUUACAAUUUUCGACUCGUUGAAAACAUCAGUCUCCCCGUGGAGGUGCAUCCAGGUUCGAACAUGAUGACACCGAAGAACAAAAUCAACAUGCAGUUUACAAGAAGACAAGAAAAUCAUCUGUAAAACUGACUUGAAACCCCUGAGAAUUCAUUACUUCCGUAAAAUUGUUUGUGUCAUUAAGUUUUUAUUAAAUUUGACCACAAAAUCA